CUAGGGUUCACAGGUUUCAUAUUAACCAUCCUCCAGAUGUGGAAGCACAGUCUUGGAUCAUUCGAGUAUCAGGAUUUGGAACAAUAUUCCUUCACAACUGGUACUGUGCUCCAGUCAGGACCCGGAGUAAACAAUUUUCAUUUCAAUUUAUUGAACCAUACUUCAAACAACAAUCUCUUCUUCUAGGGGAUUUUAACAGUAAAUCUCCUUGGUGGGGAUAUAAAGGAACGGAUCUCCUAGGUAGAUCCCUAAUGUCUUUUGUUCGCAAAAAUAAGAUUGUGUUUCUAAAUCUGAGAGGACUUUCAACAUUACGCCAAGGAACUACUCCAGAUUUAAGUUUGGCAACCGCCGAUAUAGCCGAUAGAUGUUCCUGGAGGCCGGGAGAAUAUCUUGGGUCUGACCACAGAACUAUUCUCAUCUCGAUAAACUUGAAAACAAAUAUUGAACACCUUAACCGCAUAGUUCCAGUGAAUAACAAACGGCUUUACAGAAGAAAAAAUAUGAUUCGAAGGAUAUCUAAACUUUUUAAAAAUUUCUUGUAUGGAUUUGUGAAAUAUUUUUAUAUAACUGCUUUCCGAGUUCGGAAAUGAAAAGGCUGUUACAGAUGAUAAUGCUGCGGAAAGUAUUCCGCAAGGCCUGGGUCCAAGCUCGGGAACUGAAUAGGACGCAUCCUUUAUGCACCAGCUGUAUAACUUACGGUUCACUCAUGGGCCUGGCAGAAUUAUCACAACAAACUCUAGAAAAGAAGAUAAUUCCAAAAUGGAAGAAACUCAAAGUUGAGAAACUCGAUUUUUUGUCCGUUGCAAGAUACACUGCUGUGGGUGGAACAGUGUUUUCACCUAUACUGUUCUACUGGUAUAAAUGGCUAGAUAAAGUAUACCCAGGGGUUCAACUAAAGACUGUUCUUAAGAAGGUUUUAUUGGAUGCAACUGUCCUCGAGGUUCCUCUUGUUGCAAUGUUUUAUCUUCUCAUCAACUUCCUGGAGGGAACACCUGCCGACAAGUCUAUGGAGGAACUUAGAUUGAAAAUUAUCCCAACAUUGAUUCUUGGUCUUAUUUUUUGGAUUCCUGUUCAGAUAAUCAAUUUUAGAUUUCUCUCACCACAAGCACGGGUUCCUUUUAUCGCAGUGUGUACCUUUAUUGAGGUCAAUGGUCUAUGUUUCCUUAAGAAGCUUGAUUUACAGUAUUUUAAAUCUUAGUAUCUUUAAUGGUAAGGAGAAAAUUUAUUUGGGAGUGUUUUCUUAUCCUUGUCUUAUUUUAUAUUUCUUAUUUUUAAACUAAAGGAAUCCUAUCGAUAUUGAACCUAAAUAAUUUGUUAUCUCGGCGGAGGUUUACAAUAUUAGGAAAUAAAUUUUCUGCGGCUUCAAAAUAAAAUUCUGAAAUUGAAUAUUGUUAUUUUUAUUCAGUUAUUUAACCAAAUCACCACAACCUCGGAAAAAAUUAUGACAUUUUCUAUAUAUUUAGAAUUCUGUUUCUUUUUUAAGGUAUUUGUUCAUUUGAUAACUUAUUACAUUCCAAUAUUCUAGUUUUUUUUAACAAUCCUAAAUAGUAUUAUGCAGUAUAUGCCAUAUUUAUAUGAAAGAAAGUUUCAGA